UUAUAUGUAUUUGUGUGUGUGUAAAUAUAUACAUAUAUAAACAAAUGCAUAUAUAUAUCUAUGAAUUUCUAUACAUAUCACUGUGAACCGAGGCAGGCAAGAGGAAAAUUCUACCAUCGGGGCUGGUCUCUGAUCGUGUAAUCGUGUUUGAUAUUUUCAGCAUUAUUUUUCCCAGAUCUUUAACGUCAAGAGGAGGAAGGACUACGUGAACACAAUUUCCUCUUGCUAUUUUUUCCUUUUCCUGUGGCUACCUCUCCUCUUGUUUGGAUUUUGGAGAAAUUCAUAGAGGAGACACAAACAUUUUCUCAGCUGAACUGGAAGACAGAUAAAAAGAGAAAUCCGCUGGAUUCCUGUGAUUAGCGCUGUUUCUACCAGCGUAGCCGUUGCCGUGAGCCGGUCGAGGCGUGCUGCGUUUGAUCUGAGGAGCAGCAGCAGCGUGUGUGUGUGUGUGUGUGUGUGUGUGUGUGAGAGUGUGUGUGUGUGUGAGAGUGCCUGAGCCUCGUAAGCCAGCUCCUCAUCCCAGCCAGCCCAGCCAGCAUGCACAAACACCACCACUGUUGCAAGUGCCCAGAAUGUUACGAGGUGACGCGCAUGGCCGCGCUGCGCAGGAUGGAUGCCCCAGCGUACAGUGACUGGCAGCCUGACCCCUAUGGAUACCCAGCUGGCUAUGGGAGCGGCCAGACCCUACCUCCCCAAGUCCCAGCCGGAGGAGGCGGGGGCGGGGGCAUGGGGGGCGGGGGCACGCUGGGCAGAAGUAAGGGCAAGAUGAUGUCCUCCGGGCCAGGGGGGCCGAACCCCAAGGGCCAGUCCAAGGGCGCCCCCAAGGUGAACGGAAACAACUCCAGUGGCCAGGGAGGAUGGUGGCCCGAGUGCACCUGUUCCAACCGGGAAUGGUACGACCAGGCCAACCCUCCCCCCAUCAUUGUCAACGCAGACUCGCUGGAUGCUGGCCCUUAUGUGAAUGGAAGCGAUGGCAUGUACAAAUAUGAAGAGAUCAUCUUGGAGAGGGGCAACUCUGGCCUGGGCUUCAGCAUCGCUGGAGGGAUAGACAAUCCACACAUCCCAGACGACCCGGGGAUCUUCAUCACCAAGAUCAUACCUGGAGGGGCUGCUGCCAUGGAUGGUAGGCUGGGGGUGAAUGACUGUGUGCUGAGGGUGAAUGAGGUGGAUGUGUCUGAGGUGGUGCACAGCCGGGCGGUGGAGGCUCUGAAGGAGGCGGGGCCUGUGGUCAGACUGCUGGUGCGCCGACGGCAGGCUCCACCCGAGACCAUCCUGGAGGUCAACCUGCUCAAGGGGCCCAAAGGGCUGGGCUUCAGCAUCGCUGGAGGGAUUGGCAACCAGCACAUCCCUGGAGACAACAGCAUCUACAUCACAAAGAUCAUCGAGGGGGGGGCAGCGCAGAAAGAUGGCCGUCUGCAGACUGGAGACCGCCUGCUGGCUGUCAACAACAUCGUGCUGCAGGACGUGCGUCAUGAGGAGGCGGUGGCGGCGCUGAAGAACACCUCAGACAUGGUGUACCUGAAGGUGGCCAAGCCCGGCCCCGUGCACCUCAACGACAUGUACGCCCCACCAGACUACUCCAGCACCUUCCCCGCCAUGGUGGACAACCACGUCAGCCACAACUCCAGCAUGGCCUACAUGGGAGCCAUGGAGCCCAAGCCUGUGUACCCGCCGCCCCAGGCCACCCCCUCCAGAUACUCCCCAGUGCCCCGCCACAUGCUAGCUGAAGACGACUUCACCAGCUCCCUUGUUCCUGGUUCACCCUGUGGUUUCUGUGUACCGUCCGGCAGGGCCGAGCCCGUUUACAGUGCCGUCCACAAACCGCUGCUGGGGGAGUCCGGCAUCCCGGCCUCCGCCCCCCAUCUGUGCAGCGGGGCGCUCGGGGACGCCCCCCCCGCCCCGUCACCCGCCUCCUGCCAAAGCCUGGUGCCCUACAUCGGCAGGGAGCCGAGGAAGGUGCUCCUGCACAAGGGCUCCACGGGGCUGGGCUUCAACAUCGUGGGCGGGGAGGACGGCGAGGGCAUCUUCGUCUCCUUCAUCCUGGCAGGUGGACCGGCAGACCUCAGUGGCGAGCUGCGGAGGGGCGACCGCAUCCUGUCGGUGAAUGGGGUGAACCUGCGCCAAGCCACCCAUGAGCAGGCAGCAGCUGCGCUGAAGAGAGCUGGCCAGACGGUCACCAUUAUUGCACAGUACAGGCCAGAGGAGUACAGCCGCUUUGAGUCUAAGAUCCACGACCUGCGGGAGCAGAUGAUGAACAGCAGCAUGAGCUCUGGGUCUGGCUCCCUGCGCACCAGUGAAAAGAGAUCCCUCUACGUCAGGGCUCUGUUUGACUACGACCGCACCAGGGACAGCUGCCUGCCCAGCCAGGGUCUGAGCUUCUCGUACGGGGACAUCCUGCACGUCAUCAACGCCUCUGAUGACGAGUGGUGGCAGGCACGACUGGUCACGCCCCACGGCGAGAGCGAUCAGAUCGGGGUCAUUCCCAGCAAGAAGAGGGUGGAGAAGAAGGAGCGGGCGCGGUUAAAAACAGUCAAGUUCCACGCCAGGACGGGCAUGAUCGAGUCCAGCCGGCCGGUCAAAGUAAAGCGCAAAAAAAGCUUCAACCUGUCACGCAAGUUCCCGUUUUACAAGAGCAAGGAGAACAUUGUGCAGGAGUUUGUGGAGUCUGAACAAUGCUUAACUUCUAACACAAGUGACAGUGAAAGCAGUUCAAAAGGGCAAGAGGACACCAUCCUGUCGUAUGAGCCAGUGAUUCGACAGGAGAUUCAUUACACGAGGCCUGUGAUCAUCCUGGGCCCGAUGAAGGACCGAGUAAAUGAUGACCUGAUCUCCGAGUUUCAUAAGUUUGGCUCAUGUGUUCCACACACCACUCGCUCCCGGCGAGAGAACGAGAUGGACGGGCAGGACUACCACUUCGUGGGCUCACGUGAGCAGAUGGAGAAGGACAUCCAGGACAACAAGUUUAUUGAGGCGGGCCAGUUUAACGAGAACCUGUACGGGACCAGCGUCCUGUCUGUCCGAACGGUGGCCGAAAGGGGGAAACACUGUAUCCUGGAUGUCUCUGGGAACGCCAUUAAGAGACUGCAACAAGCACAACUUCACCCCAUCUCCAUUUUCAUCAAGCCCAAAUCCAUUGAAGCUCUUAUGGAAAUGAAUAAGCGGCAGACAUAUGAGCAAGCCAAUAAAGUCUUCGACAAGGCACUGAAGCUUGAGCAAGAAUUUGGAGAAUUCUUCACAGCCAUAGUCCAGGGUGACUCACUAGAGGAGAUUUACAAUAAAAUCAAGCUGAUCAUCGAGGAGCAGUCGGGGCCCUACAUCUGGAUCCCUUCUUCUGAAAAGCUCUGAGCUGCCAGCUCCUCUUCUCUGUGCCAGUGUGCGGAGCCCCCUGCCACCCCCCCCCGCCCCGCCCCGCCCCUCUCCCACUCAAAGAGACCCCCCCCCCCCACCACCACUUCCCCUUUUUACAGAUGUUUCAUAUCAAAUUUUAGUGUCAUCAUUAUGUUACUCUCAAAUGAAAAAAGAAGUCUUCUCACCAUUACUGUGACUGUGCACAUCCCCUGCAUGAGUUUCUCAGCAAUUCCAUUCAAGACUGGAAAUGCCGUUCCAAAUGAGGUUUUUUUUGUCAUGUAAACAAAAAAGGGAAAAAAUGAACAAACUCCUUGGUGAAAAUGGAUGGACAAAGGAAGAAUGUCUUAAGAUGCUGGCUUGCAAGUGGGAAUUUUUUUCUUUUUCUUCCCUUUUUUUUCUUUUUUGGGGGCAAAAGUGUCCUGGUGAAUUGAGACAAAUGGUUCUGCAGCUGGAGCUCUGCUCUGUUCAUCCGAUCCCGUGAGAAAGACAGACAAUACUGAGCACUGGAGGAAGAUGAGGCCCGCUGAUGGUCAUGGCUGGUGUUUAUACCUAGCCAAGAGAUGGCGUGGAGCGACCCUACAAACUGGUUAUCUUUAGUAAACACAAACCAGCUCGCUGUUUGAAUGGCUGCCAGUUGUUGUGAAGCCAGUCCAAUAAAGACAUCUUUGGGAGUCAGAACAAAUGGAGGGAGGGGUAUGAAUCAUUUGUAUUUCUGAAAUCACAAGGUAAAUACAAAUCCUAUGGAGAGAUUUUACUACAUAUUAAAUACUACGGUACACAUUUUACACAUCGCUAGAAUUGUCUAUUUGGAGGGCUGUUAGAUUACAUUUCUUUGUCCUUGGUUUAGUGUUUUUUUUUUCUUUUCUUGUGGUUUUUAGCUGCUCUGUAAAAUAGAUGGGGGUAGAGAGGUGUAACUGGGCUCUCUGCACAACACCAAACUGCCUUAUAAUACAAUUGUCAAAUUGCUUGUCUGUUCAUCAUGGGGGAAGCUAUGAAAUUCUUAGAACCAAUCAAAAGAAGCAGUGCACACUUGAAGGUUGUCCGCCGCCCUGAAGGAGGUCUAUCUUGAGGGUGCAACUGAUAGGACCAAGUGUCUUACCUUUGUCAAGUUGUUUUUACCUUCAGUGUUUCUCCUUUUUGUCUGAAAACGACGAGAUGAAUUCUGAUUUUGGCAGCCAGCACUCCCUCGCCCAAUCUUGAGCAGCAGACAGCCCACUUGCACUUCUUCUGCCCUCGCUGGUGACCCUUCAGACUGAAAGGUGGCAUGGUACUGUCCUGUAAGCUGCCUGACGGGGCGGCCUGAAAACGGGUAGAUCAAGAUAAUUGUAUUGGAUAUUCCUCUGAUUAAUUAAAGUCAAUAUAGCGUGAUCUGGACUAUUUUCCCCUCCCCUAACAAAGUUUUAAUUAAAUCUAUUUGUUCUGUAUAAUUCCAAAAGGUGAUGUUUUAUAUCCUUUUGACUUUGUUCCUGGGCAGUUGUUACUCCACUGUGUUGAGCCUUGUGCUGGGGGGAGGGGCGGGAGGGAUGAGCCUGACGCACGGAGGAACCCACUCAAGACCUUUAUUGUGGAUUUUAUAUGGAAUCUUUUAAGCAAAGGCAUUUCCAUCCGAGGAGAUCAGUUGGUGUCUGAUAAGCAUAUUGGUAUUUUAUUCUACAUGUCCUUUUGUUUGUUUGAAAAACUACUUUUGAAACGACAACAUGAACCCCCCCUUCAUGGUACCCUGGGGUAAUUUCAACUGUCAACAGAAGAGGAGCGAGUCGUCCCUGAUGGAGCAGGCCUACCAGCCUACAUGCGUGUGAGGGAGGGGGGGGGGGACUACCUUGCUGGAGGAAGUACCAAGUCCUUUCACUGGUCAUCAUAUUAUUUUCUUUUUGUAUGGUUUUGGCGUUGGAGACAGGGCAUGGAAGGCUAGAGCCAAGAUGGCGUCCGCUGGGGGAGCUGAUGUGGCCGUGCGCGCUAUGCCCCAGCCACCUGUUCCCUGCAGGCGUUACUGCAACAGGUGUCCCACCAGCCCAGGCACCUCCGCUGAACCAGCUGUCAUACCUGUGUCAAUACCAGAGUUCAGGGAAUUCAAUUUGAACGGAACAGAGCCAUUAAAAUAAACUGCUUACAGACUGUUUCAAAAGGGUGUGGUCGCUGUAACAUGUAAAUACCCCUCACUUGUGCUUCAUGCAUGUGUGAAACAACCGGGACAAACAUUCUGUUUUAUAGCUCACAAAAUGUCAGGUAAGUCAAACGUUGGAUUAUUCUCAGAUUAAUUUCCAUACAGAUGUGCCGUACUAUUGUUGAUAUUUCUCUCUAGAUAACGAUAUUCAGCUGCCUAUUGGAACACAUUUUCUAGUCGGUUGGGGAUCUGAUCUCCCUAAACUGGGCCUGUCUAUUUGUGAUUUCUUGUGGAAUUUGUCUGAGUGUAUAGAUGACAAAAAAAUGUAAAAAGUAAAUCCAGAGAAACAGACAGCAGCCUGUAGGAUGAUCCUCUGAACACAAACACAGGAAGGAAGGAGAACUCCUCUUUUCAUUUAGAAGCUUAGAAAUGCUCCUCUGUUGUGGAGAGGAGACAGCUGACUGUUAAAAGUGUCUGGUGUCAGUCAGCCAUAUCAGUAAAAGCCCAAAGAACUUUAAUCCAUUGUAAUCUUUCUAAUGCGGUUGCUGUUUCCUGAGAUUGAAUGGGUAUGUGUGGCCUGGUGAGGGAGGGUCUGUCUGCCCCAGAGAAGGUCUGAUCAGAUCAGAUCAAAUGAUUUAAGGCUGGGUGGGUGGGUGGGGGGCUUCUGGUUGGUCACUGAUGUGAGCGAGCGCGCGCGCGUGCACAUGUGCAGUAAGUGCUUGCAUAUAUGAACCCUUUGAUUGUACAGUGGUCUCCUCCUCCCCGUGACUCCAGCUGGGCACACACCGAUCAGGAACGGAAGGCAAAACCAGUUUUUUCUAUCCUGGUCUGGAGGGGAUACAGUCCUGCUACUUUUCUUUGGGAUUUUUUUUGACUGGACAAAAGUUUUAUUUGUUUGAAAAUAAUAAAAUAUGUGACUCUG